CUUACGAAAAUGCGCUGAGAUAGAUGGACGUUGCUUUGCAUGAUGGGCUGUUGCACGGAUUUGCUAGUGAGUUUGGAUCUUGCCUUGGAGCAAGUUGUGCGUAGAAUGUAGAUAGCAAUGAAUAGCUUGCUACUGAGUCUGAAAUUUGCAUUAAAUUAGAACUCCCAUUUCUAUUUGAGGCAGAGAUUAUUCUGAUGACCCAAAGGCUCUCUGGCCAUAUGCAGCAUGCAAGAACCGUAAUACAAGCCAGACUCUUGCUUUUGCCAGGCUCAAUAUCUAGCUCAGCCUACAGGUUUCUAUUUCCUUGCACAGAGAGCUGGCCUCUGGCAGCUUUCCAACAAGCUGUGCCCUUCAUCAAGCUCCAGCCUCGACCGGAAUCCAGCUUGGAACAGCACACUCAAGACUUAGGAUAGAUAGGACAGACACAUCUUCGCAGACUGCCUGGAAUCCCGUCGCUGGCCUCCCUUCUCCCCAAUAUCAUAUAGUAUCAUACCAUGUCAUUCUCCAGUAUUCCUCCGCCACACGCACAUCAACUGUCCCCCUUCCCCUCCCUCUCCACAACCGUUAUUCUCGGCACCACAACCCCCAGAGCCUCACGAUCCUUCUCCGUAGCCUCGAACCCUAACCUCUUCUCCGCGUUAUCAGAAAUAUAGAGACCGAUCGUACCCCACGCGAGGAAUGCGAUGCCGACACCGAUUCUCGUCCUCGGUGAGAGGUUGCGGAAACUCCUAUGGAGACGAACAGGCGAGAUCAGCGAUCAUGAAACUGUGGAGGAGGGAGGGAGGGAGGGGCGAUUGACUCACUGUAGCAUGGAGGACAUUGU